AGAUGAUGAACUUUUUAUAAGGUCAAAUAUUUAUAAAUGAUUAAGGAAUACAUGAAUCACCUCACAGAUUUUCUAUAUAAUUGAUGAAUGACCACCCCAAAGAAUUAGAUGCAUUAUAAAAUAAUCACUUCCAAUCGAAAUCAAUGAAGUAUUAAUUUAAUGGCUAAAUGUUUUUUUGAAUUCUUCCUUUAUUUG